AUUUCAAAAUAUCCAUGGCAGUAGAAACUAAGAAAUGAAAAGGGUCUGUAAUAACUGUAUGUAGUAAUAUUGUGUGUAGGGGACUUGGUGUGUGCCAAAACCUACAACAAGCGAUGCAAUGCUGCAGGAAAUCAUCAAUUUCGCUUGCAACCAUGUGGAUUGUAGUCCUAUACAUGAUGUUUCAGGUCCAUGCUUCAACCCGACAACUCGAAUUAAUCACGCCUCUUUCGCUAUGAAUCUUUACUACCAGGGAACUGGGAGAAGGGAAUCAAGUUGUGAUUUCAGUCAGACUGGUCUCAUCGUCACAGAUGAUCCGAGCUAUGGUGAUUGCAAGUAUGAGUACCAUGAGUAGGGGGAGAUUAUGGCAGCUUGAGUUGAAAUGUGUUUGAAGAGGAAGAUUGAAGUUUAGGAAACAAUAAAUAAAAAGUGUU